UAGCGAUAAAAUAUGCCCCAGUCGAAGGCCCAACUCCAAUUAAUGCCCUGCAGCCCGGCCUCAUCAGUCAACGCUCCUGUGACUCUGCGAGUUUUGUUUGCCUUGCCCGGCUCGACUUUGCGAAAUUCACGCAUCAUUCGCACUUUCGGUGGCAGACAGAAGACUUGCCAGGCCUGCCCAGGCCCGCAAAAGUAUUUAAUUGGACCACACAGAAUUGGCCCAGAGCGCGGCCGCUGCCCCAAGAAAAUAAGAAACAACCGAGCAGCACAGCAAUCCAUCUCUUGCGCGUGGAACAGGUUCAUACUUCAGUUCGACUUCGACUUGGACUCAAGUGCGACAGUCCAACAAAUUCAAGUGCAGCACGCAUACGGAGCCGAAGAGAAGGCCGAGGAGAAAAAUGGGAAAAAAUAUUGCAAUUUACAUUUGCUGCAAUUAUGA